GUUAUUUUCGAGUUUGCAUGCCUCUUCUCUCAGUAAAGAAGGGGCUGAGCUGGAGUGAAGGUGCAAGAUUCUAACACAGGAAUAGUAACACCUGCUCUCGCACCAGCAGUUGUCUAUCCCUCUCAUUCAACAGCUAAAAUGGUCGAGGCAUUCUGUGCUACCUGGAAGCUGAUUGACAGCCAGAACUUUGAUGAGUACAUGAAGGCACUGGGAGUUGGCUUUGCUACUCGCCAAGUUGGGAAUGUGACCAAACCAACUGUGAUCAUCUGCCAGGAAGGAGGCAAGGUGGUGAUCAAAACCCAGAGUACCUUCAAGAACACAGAAAUCAGCUUCAACCUGGGAGAAGAAUUUGAUGAAACUACCGCAGAUGACAGGAACUGCAAAUCAGUGGUGACCAUGGAUGGUGAUAAGUUAGUUCAUGUACAGAAAUGGGAUGGCAAAGAGACAAACUUCGUUAGAGAAAUCAAAGAUGGUAAAAUGGUCAUGACCCUCACCUUUGGUGAUAUUGUUGCUGUUCGUCAGUAUGAAAAAGCAUAGAAAUGUCAAUCUCUUGUUGGAGUUUGUAUGAAGAACUGUCUUCAGACUAUCAUCUCUGAAAUGAGCAAUGCUGACAUGGAAGGAAAGCCAAGUGCUAGUUUGUUUUUUACCUGUAUAUCAUCAAAUUGGCAAACUCUUGCUCUGUAAAUUGGCAGCAGUAAAACUUUGCAAUAAAUUUCUGAAAUUCUUGCUUGUCUA